AUGUCUCUUUCAGAGUGCCUGAAGAACAACUUUGUCCCAGGGCGACUCCUGGGAGGUCGUUUCCUCACCAAGAAACCACUUAAUUCAGGUUCCUUUGGGUUGGUCUUUCUUGCCACCGAUAAUCUGACUGGCCAGGAUGUUGCCAUCAAGUGCCUAUCUAAGGCUCCCUCUCCAGAUAACGUCUCUCCCAUCGACCGCUUCGUGGAAGUCGAAUGCCAUCAGCGCUUCCGCUACCACCCCAACUUGGUUAACAUGGUCCAUUCCUUCGAGACUGAGUCCCACACUUACUUGGUCUUGGAGUACUGCUCCAAUGGCGAUCUCUACGAAGCCAUUCGCUUGAACCGGGGUCCCUUGGAGACCGAGCAUGUGCGCGAUUUCAUGCUUCAGCUUAUCAGUGCCGUCGAACAUAUGCAUUCCAAAGGCCUCUACCACCGCGACAUCAAGCCUGAAAACAUCUUUCUUAUGCAGGAUGGCUCGAUGAAGCUUGGUGACUUUGGUCUGGCAACCCGUGACUCCCUGUCCCAUGAGGCGUGUGUUGGCAGUGACCGCUAUAUGGCUCCUGAACAGUAUGAACCUCCUAUCGGUGGCUAUUCUCCCGCGAAGGCCGAUAUUUGGUCCAUUGGUAUUUGCUUGUUGAAUAUCCUCUUUUCUCGCAAUCCAUUUGUCACGCCCACUGAGUCCGAUAUCCUCUUCUCUGAUUACGUACGUGAUCGCCAAUCCCUCUUCGACAUCUUUCCCAACAUGUCUGAAGACACCUUCUCCAUCCUGAACCACUCCUUGGCCAUCGACCCUAAGAAGCGCUCUCUUUCCGAAGUUCGCGAGUCAAUCCUCCGGGCUGUUUGCUUCACCACUGAUGAUGAGUCUUUGGAUGAGUUCUGCACCGAGGACCGCGAGGUUGUCACCGCCAGUGCCAACCGCGAACCCCUACGCACCCCAUCCCUCCAGAGUACCCAUGCCCAGAGCGAUUCCUUCCCUUGGGCCAAGGCAUUGCUUUCAAGCCCUGUUCCUUGCAGCCGGCAGCUUUCUGUUAUCCCUGAUACCGAGAGCUACUCUGAGGACCUCUUCCCUGCCUCCGAAGCUGGAGGUACCUCCUGGUUCUCUGUUCACGAGACCUUGUCCUUGGCCUCUGUUGUGGAUUCUCGUAUGGGUGACUCCUUCCGUUCCAUGAAGUUCUCUAAGCCCCAAGGAUCAUUCCUUCCUCGAUCGGAUCCUGUCGCUAUCACUGGCUCGCUACCAAGCCACGCCACCAAGCCUCUGCCGUCACUUUCGAUGGUUUUUGGUGGUAAGAAAGCGAACGAUCAGAUUUCGAAGAGUUGGUGCGAUCUGUGGGACGAGGAAGAGUCUGAGAACGAGGACCUUGCGCUCCAUGAACGCCAUGAGCAGAACUCUCGUAGUUGGAGUCACGAAAGCCAGGAUGUCACCCUGACCGAGCCUCUGGGAGAAUCGCGCGAGCUGGUCUCCGCCUCUCCUGAACUCAACGACAAGUCAUCCAUCCAGACAGCUGCUCCUGUUCCCAUUCGAGCUAUAUCUUUCGAUCUCUGCAGCGAUUCUGGAUCCUCCAACAGCACGCCUCGUCCCAUCCAACAGUCAACCCCCAAGAAAUCGAACCUCGACCGUUGGGCUGAACUUGGUGACAAGCGCCGCAAUUGCAAGAGCCGUGAUUUAUUUGGACCUCAACGAUCUGCCAACAAUUGGCGGCGCGAUUGGGGUCUCGGGUCCUCGGGGUUUGAUCAGCCCCCUCCAGUCAAGCGCGACUCCCCUCAGCAUGAUCGGAAACGUCGACCCUUCCUUCAGAAGGACUGGCGUCAUCAUCCCGCUGGAUCCCCCAAGGCCGAUGUUUUCAAAUCAUCUUCAGCCAAGUUUUCAACCUACCACGGCAGCCUUGACGAGGAUCUCGACCUCGUGGGCGGAUGGCACGACCUUCAUCUGUAG